AAACGUCAUCCAAACAUGGUCUUAAUGACCGUUCUUUCACCCAUCCAAACAAACAAACCCUAACUAACUAGCACUCUCUCUGGCUCUAUGCCAUGCCCCAAAACCCUCUCUCUCUAAAGUAGCGUUCGCUUCUCUGUUUCUCUCUUUCAGUUUAGUCUCUCUCGUUCUCUAUCUCUCUCUGUAAUGGAAGACGAAGACGAAUUUGGAGAUCUGUACACGGACGUGCUACAACCCUUCUCCUCAUCUUUAUCUUCUGCCCCACAGCCCCAGCAGCGUUCUCCCUCACCAUCGUUAAGUCACCGUUCGAUCAAUCUCAAUCUUCAUAAAUCCAAAAACGGCGUCCAUGAUGAUGAGAUCCUCUACGGCGCAUCUGGCGUCAAUCCCCCUCCUCCCUCUGAUCGAACCAUACCCAUUUCUUUCCAGAAUUCAAGUGCCACUGUCAAUAAUUCAGCUGCUGGGCCUAGGGUUUUGGGCGAAAAAUUACCUAAUAAUGCUUCAGAUGUUACUGACUUUCCACCCGAUAAACAGGAUAAAGAUAUCACUUUUGAUAUUGAGGAGGGCAAUACUGGACUUCUUGCAAAUUCUGGUCCGAUGAUCCCGGGACUCGCCGUCGAUGCCGAGGAUUCUAAGAUGAAUGAAGCUAACGGUGGUUGUGGCCGAGAGGGAGACGAAGAUUGGGAGGAAGACAGUGAUAGUGAAGAUGACUUGCAAAUAGUGUUGAAUGACACUAAUCAUGGGCCCAUGGGGAUGGAAAGAGGAGUGAUGGGUGAUGCUGAUGAUGAUGACGGCGAGGAUGGAGACCCACUCGUAAUUGUAGCUGAUGGGGACCCAAAUCAGCCUUUAGAAGAACAGGAGUGGGGCGUGGGAGAAGAUGCGGCCACAACAACAGGGGCUGAAGGGGAGAAGAAAGAGGGAUCCGAGGCAACUGCGAAAGGGAUUGCUGUGGCAGGGCCGAAGAAUGGGUAUAGCAAUCAUGGGUAUCAUCACUCAUUUCAUUCUCAGUUUAAGUAUGUGAGACCUGGUGCAGUGCCAAUGACUGGGGCUACUACUGUUGUUCCUGUAGUAGCCCCAGGUCAAGUUCGUCCUCCUAUCAACAUGGCUCCUUUAGCUGGUCGUGGUAGGGGUGACUGGCGACCAGUAGGAAUUAAAAAUGUUUCUCAAAUGCAGAAGGGUUACUUUGGAUGGGGCAACAAUGUGGCAGGGCGAGGUUUUGGUGGUGGACUGGAUUUCACCCUUCCUUCCCACAAGACCAUUUUUGAUGUUGAUAUUGAUAGCUUUGAAGAGAAGCCGUGGAAAUAUCCUGGUGUGGAUAUCUCUGACUUCUUCAACUUUGGAUUGAAUGAAGAAAUCUGGAAAGGUUAUUGCAAGCAAUUGGAACAACACCGAUUAGAGACUACCAUGCAAAGCAAAAUUCGUGUAUAUGAGAGUGGGCGAGCAGAGCAGGCAUAUGAUCCAGAUUUGCCACCAGAAUUAGCAUUAGCAGCAGGUAUUCCAGCUGACAAUUCUAAUCUUGGGAAGUCAGAUGUUGGACAAAGUGAUUUAGCAAAAGGACCUUCCCACAUGCGGCCAUCAUUACCAACUGGACGGGCAAUACAAGUUGAAGGAGGUUCUGGUGAACGUCUCCCAUCUAUUGAUACUCGACCACCUCGAAUUCGUGAUUCUGAUGCAAUAAUUGAGAUUGUCUUGCAGGACUCUCUAGAUGAUGAUUCCUCCACAGGAAAUGGUGGGAUGAAUGGAGGAAACAAUGAUCUACUAAGAGAUGACGUCAUAGGAAGCCUUAUACCUGAAGAUGACAUGGCACAGAUGGAAACUGAAUAUUACAAGGAUUUUCCACAAGGUUAUGACAAGCAAAAGGGUGGGAGGAGGGCACCAUAUACUGAUUCUGGUCUUAGAAACACACCUGACGGAGAUGGGAGUUUGCCCUGCCAUCCUGAAGCACCAUCUCAAUAUCUUGCUGGUUCUAGGGGGCGGCCUAUGUUAUCUGGUGGUGAUUUUGGGGCCCCUCCUGAGGAAAGGCAGGAACGGGGAAGAACAAGUGACAUAUCCUCUCAUGUUACUCCUAGUGGUACACGGGAAAAAGGAUUAUUUGACGAUGUUGAGGAAGAUUCAGUCAAAAACAUGGGUGGUAAACAUAGUCAAGUUGUGUCAUCUCACACUGCAGUUAGAGAUACAAGGGAGCUGAGUGUUGAGGACAAGGAUGUUACUGUGCAUAGUGAGCCUGUGCUAGAUGAAGGAAGUUCUGGAAUGGAAAAGGAUGGGAUGACUGAGAAUGAAGUAACCACAAAUGAUAGCAUAAACGAUGGGAAUGCACACCAUUCCGCAAAGGAACAAAAAUUAAGUUUACGUGUUGAACAGUCUGCACAGCAAGAACUUGAUGACAGAGAGGGCUCCAAGGCUGCAAGAAGUAGUGAAAACAGCAAAGCAAGAUCAGGUAGCAGCAAAGAUUAUCAGAAAUGGCAGGAUGGUGUUGAGGAGGAAGUAGUUCAAGAUGGCCGUGCUAGGCCUACAGGGAGCACCAAGAGGCACCUUGAUGAUGAACAUCAUUUCCGAAGAAAAGAACGUGAUGCAAGACCAGAGAUGGAAAGAAAUCACAUGGUAAUAAAAGGUAGGGAGGGUUCUUAUCCUCGUAGAGCUUUGGGCACUGGCUUGGACCAUCAUUUGCAUAUAAGAAAUGAAAGUUAUGGUAAGCGAAAGGAACGCGAAAUUCCUGAUGGAGCUUGGCAACGGAGGGAUGAAGAUCUGCAUAGCAGAAGAAGUAGAUUUGAAGACACAAGGAAGAGGGAACAGGGAGAUGAAAUGGGAUCCAGGCAAAGGAGUAAGAUGCGGGAAGGUGAGAGGAGUGACAAAGAGCAACUUCUUCAUUCAAGAAAACAGUUUGACAAUGGCAGCUAUGGGGUCCAUUAUGACAAGGAUGCUGGUUCAAGGCAUAGGGAAAAAGAAGAGAUUUUGAAGAGUAGGUAUGACAUUGCAGAUGAUUAUCAUAGCAAGAGAAUGAAAGAUGAAGAAUAUUUAAGGAGGGAACAUACCAAAAAGGAGGAUUUGUUGCAUGGCAACAGAGAAAGUACAACUCGUCGAAAGCGAGAAAGGGAUGAUGUUUUGGAUCCUCGAAAGAGAGAUGAUCAGCAAAGAAUUAGGGACAAAGAUGAGGUCUGGCCCCAGAGGGAAAGGGGUGAAAGACAAAGAGAGAGGGAGGAGCUGUAUAGGCUAAAACAAUCACGUGACGAAAAUUUAUCCAAGCGAGAAAAAGAAGAAGGUCGUGGUUCUCUGAGGGCUGGGCAUGUUGCAGAUGAUAAAGCAUGGAUUGGCCAAGCCAGGGUGAAGGAUGAAUACAGAGGUUCUGACAGAGAAUUCCAACAAAAAGAUGCUGUUCGGAACAGUGAACUGCAGAAAAGAAGGGAUAGAAUGGAGGAUGAAAGUUAUUCACAUCAUAGGGGACGUGAUGAUGUUUAUGUACGGGGAGAUCAACAUAGUACUGAGGAGAGAAAAUUGAGGCUAGAAAGGUCAAGCACUCGCAUUGAUCGUGCUGUCAAUUCUCCUGAUAAAAGAGUGCAUGAUAAAAAACAUAAAGAUAACAUGAAGAAUAAAGAAUCUGAUGGGGGAGAUCACAACAAUUUGGGUCCUUCUAGAAGAAAUCAAAAGGAUCAUAUUGGUCACAUUGAUGAGAGGGGGUUGGAUGAUGGUGCUGAACAAGGAAAGAAAGAGAUUACAGCACAGAACAACUCUUCCAAAAGACACAAGGAAGACGUGCCCUCUGAUGAUGAGCAACAAGAUUCAAGAAGAGGACGAUCAAAGUUGGAGCGUUGGACAAGCCAUACGGAGAGAGAUUAUAGCAUUGACAGUAAGCCAUCAUCUUCCUUGACUUUUAAAGAAAAAGAUAUGAAUAACAACAUUGGAUUUUCAGAAGCCAAAAAACUUGCUGAUGAAAUUCUCAAGAGAAAUCAGCUUGUUGAAAAGCAUUCCUUGGCUGAAGAGAAAGAUGCUGCUGAUGUAGAAAAUAAGGAGACUAAUGCUAAACCAUUGGAGGAUCGGCACCUAGACACAGUUGAGAAGUUGAAGAAGCGAAGUGAGCGAUUCAAGCUUCCAAUGCCAAGUGAAAAGGAUGCCUCGGCAAUAAAAAAAAUGGAGAGCGAAGCGCUGCCUUCGGUCAAAACUGAUACUCCUGUUGACUCAGAGAUCAAAUCAGGAAGGCCAGCGCGUAAACGAAGAUGGACUAGUAACUAAAAGUGAAAUCAGCGGAUGUUUUCAGGUGCAUAGCUUUCGUCAGUGAGGAUAUCGCUGCUCGGCCUGAUGUGUUCAUGCCCAGAAGAUCCUGUAAUAUUUCGAUGACAAAAAAUCUGUAGGGUUCCACGGACGGCCAUGUACUUCAGCUAUACUUAUCAUAUAACUCAUGUAACCAUAUUUCUGUCAUACUUAUUUAAAUGUUGUGUACAUGCUAAGAGACGUAAGAUUAAACAUGUCACCUUAUGGUGGCCGGGAAUUGCAUUUUUGUAUCAAUUCCAAUCAUAUUACACGGAUUGAAAUAUGAAGAGAUGCAACCAGACCUCGAACUGGAGCUUAAUGGGAUCUGGGAAUGGGGUGUUGAUGCUGGCGACUUCAAAUUCAGACGGUACUGAGGUUGAAAGAUGUGUUACCAAGAAAUUUCAUGACAGAGUGGAAGGCCAAAGCCAAUUUUCUACAGCUAUAGAAAACUUCAUCUGGGUAAGGAAUAUGAAAUCAUACAUCUUCUGUAUUAUGCAUGUGGAUUUAUCAUUUAUUUGAUGUAUUUUUUUGGAUAAGAUGUAGGAAACACAGACUGAAAGCUCCAUUUGUAUUUUAGGAAUGAGUUACAGCAAGUGAUUAAUGAAAGAGAAAUAAUGUUUUUGAUA